AUGGCGGCGCCGAACCUUCCUGAAAAAUACGAGGUGCCGUCGUACCUCAAGGAGCUCUGGUCCGAUUCUCCUAUCCAUGGCUCUCCGUUCCGCGCGCCGGGAAGGCCCACUGACCCUGGCGGGAUGCGCGGCGGACAGCCGUUCUCACUCGGGCAAGGAAUGAUGACUUUUGAAAAUUCGCAAAAACUAACCGAAGCCGCGGCAGGAGCGCCCGGAAGGUUCCGAGGGGAAGGAGGAUACGGAGGGAAUGGGGAAGGAGUGAACCGCGGGAGUCCGUCUCUCGGUCCGUACCCGCCUCCCGGGAUGAACGGGGGUGAUCCGCGCCUGCAAGGGUUUCCCGAUCCUGCUGGGCCGUUCGACCAGCGUGUUGCCUCGUUAGAAGGGUCCCCAUUUGGGAGAAAGGCCGUGGAGGCAGGCAGAGGCUCUCCCAGCCGAUCCUCUCUUAGUAACUGGCCGUACGGGGUGAGUGAGACUGAAGCGGAUAGAGCAAUAGGGGGAGGAGAGGGGCGUGGGGACAGCCGGUUCAACCCUUCGCGCGGAGGUAUGGCUGCGCCCGGAGGGGGAGGCGGAGGCGGAGGCGGAGGGGGGGCGGGAAGGAACGCUGGUGUGGCCCAGUGGGCGGCUGUCGGAGCGAACGGGAAGGACGCAGGGCGAAGGGAGGAUGGAGGGCGACAAGAAGACUUUGCUGUUGGCGCUGCUCCUGGUGGUGGGUGGGGUGUGGGUGGCGGCGUGAGCAACGGAGGCAUGGUUACAGGAGGCAGAGGAGGCGAGGGAGUAGACGUGGGGGACUCGUGGCGUCGCGCUGGCGCCCUGGGGCCGGAUGGGCCUCAAGGAAACUUCCCGUUACCUCUGCACCAGCAAUUUCCGUCUGCCCAGCAGCAGCAACAGCAGGGUGGGAUAAUGGGUGCAGUGACUUCGAAUACUAACGGUGGUGCUUUUAACGCGGACGAGCUUACUCUGGAGCAGCUGACCGACCCUGCUGCUGUGGCUGCGCUGGAAGGCCCGUCGAGCCAGCAGACAAAUUUGGACCUCCUCGCCGCUGCUGGUAACGCCUUCGCCGCUCCUCAACUGAAAGUCUCUGGCCUGCACCAGCAGCAGCAGCAGCAGCAGCAGCAGCAGCAGCAGCAGUACCCGCAGCAGGAGCAGCAGCACCAGCAGCAGCAGUUUCAGCAGCAGCAGCAGCAGCAGCAACAACAGCAGGUGCAGCAGGGAAGGGCGCAGGCAACGGCGCGCAAGCUGUUCAACGACGACAUGUUCCCCCCUCUCGGCUCGCCCUCCGCUCCCGCGCCCGGCAAGGCGGGGGCGAGCGCGCAAGGCAGUGGCGGCGGGGCGGGGAGAGGCGCAGUAGGCGUGGAGGGGGAUGGGGCGGGCGGCGGCGCCAGUGCGGGGAAGGGCGCGGAGGAUAUGAGGAACUCUUUGGAGGCUUUGGCGGAAGAUAUGAAAGCGUUCGACCUCUCUGGUGACCCGACUGGUGACUCGGGUCAGUUUCAACUGCUGCAGGGGCGUGCGGGGCAGCAGCAGCAGCAGCAGCAGCACGGGCAACAGCACAUGUCUCGCAAUCAGCUGCUGCAGCAGCAGCAGCAGCAGCAGCAGCAGCAGCAGCCACGGCAGCAGCCGCAGCAGCACGGUAUCCCCAUCCAUCCGCAUCGGCACCACGCUGCCUUCACUGCAGCCCCCCGCCAUCCCCCAGGCUCCAGCCCCGGCCAGCGGUUCAGGCAUCCCGAGCAGCAGCAGCAGCAGCAGCAGCAGCAGCAGCCGCAGCAACAGGGGGGCGUGCAGCAGCAGCAGCAGCAGCAGCAGGAGCAGCAGCAGCUCCAGGUAAGAGCCCAGCAACAGCAACAGCAGCAGCAACAUCAGCAGCAGCAGGCGGGUCAGUUCCGCCCGCACGCCCACCGCCCGCCAUCCCUCCGCGUGGACCUUUCCCGCCUCAACUCCCACCUGCUCUCCCUCUUCCGCUCGCUGGAGCCCACAGCAGAGGAGGCGGAGCGCAAGGAGCAGCUCAUGCGCACGCUCACGCGCGUGGCGGGUGCCACGUACCCCUCCGCGCAGCUGUUCCUGUACGGGUCGUGCGCCAACUCGUUUGGCGUGCGCAACUGCGACGUGGACGUGUGCCUCGCGCUGGACGGCCCAGAUGUGUCGCGCGUGGAGGUGAUCACGAAUAUGGCGACCGCGUUGAGAGCCGAGGGCAUGCUGAACGUGCAGGCGCUGACCCACGCCCGCGUGCCGAUCGUCAAGUUCAUGGAUCCAGCAUCGGGGGUGGCGUGUGACAUGUGUGUCAACAACCUGGCAGCCGUCGCCAACAGCCGCCUGCUGGCGGACUAUGGGCGCCUGGACGAGCGCGUGCGCCAGCUGGCUUUCCUCGUGAAGCACUGGGCGAAAAGGAGGCAGAUUAACGAAACUUUCCGCGGCACGCUUUCUUCCUACGCCUACGUCAUCAUGUGCAUCCACUACCUCCAGCAGCGCCAGCCACCCAUUCUGCCAUGCCUGCAGGAGAUGCAGCCGCACACGUGCCGCGUGCAGGUGGGCGGCGUCGUUUGUUCCUACUACGACAACCUGGACACGCUGCGCGGCUUUGGGGCGGCGAACGGGGAGACGGUGGGCGAGCUGCUGGCAGGGCUGUUUGAGUACUGGGCCUUCCGCCACGACUACAACCGCUGUGUCAUCAGCAUCCGCACCGGCGGCUUCCUCAGCAAGGAGGAGAAGGAGUGGACGAGGCGCGUGGGCAACGAGCGCCACCUGAUCUGCAUAGAGGACCCCUUUGACCUCGCUCACGACCUCGGCCGUGUGGUUGACCGCGCCUCCAUCCGCGUGCUCAGGGAUGAGUUUCACCGCGCCGCCAAGCUCAUGCGCCACGACCCCGAGCCGUAUGUGACACUCUUUGAGCCGUACGUGCGAGAAGAUGAACGGUGA